CCCCGCCGCUCAAACUAUCCAGUCCUCCGGUGUUUCAUACACGCUUCCUGGAGGAUAACCACAGGCGUCCUACGGAACAAGCAAGCCGGGGAGGUAGAAUGAGGUAUACUUAUCUAUGUGAAGGAACAUGAACAUGGAGCCUUGAACUCAAGGAAUGACAACCCCAUCCCCCCCGGCAUAAUCUAGUAAAAUGUGAGUUUUUUUCUGUUUGGUUUUCCAUCUCUCUUUGAUGGAAAUUAACUAUGAUUACGUGGCAUUUUUCAUUCGGAUGAUACUUAGAAUUGGACAUUGAUCGCGUAGCUAUCUCACUACUGUAAAGCCUGCUUGUCUCUUGAAGAGUAAUAUUUAAAUUCUACCUUGACACUACUGCCUCCACAUAUCUCUCAUUUCUGUGGAAGACCGGGACGCUUGAAGUCAGCACUUACCACACAAUAUUCCACUGCAAUCUAGUGUUAAUUAAAUUGCUAUAGCCUCCUUGCAAGACCAAGGUGUGUUAAUUUUUGUCUGAUUCAUAGUUUUAGGAUUUGUCUUAUUUUAUGUUAUUUAAACUCUUGUUUGACAUGUAGCCGUCUUUUCUAUGCUGCACUUUAUUGAUAAAUAUCAUCACUACGAUAUUUCAAACUGUAAUUUAAGCAUAUCUUUGAGUUAUAUAUAUUUUUUUAAUCUUUAGGGGUAUAUAUACUCUGUUUUAAUUUUAAACUGGAAAAGUAUAUCGUUUUUGUUUACAAGCCUUUUCUGUCGAUCAUUCCGAAAUGGACAAAUCUAGAAUCUGAUAGCGUUUAAGGACAAGGCAGACAUAAUCUUUAAUUGACAGAUCUAAGAUCGAUCCUUGUCUUCGGACAUUUGCGUUGUGAAGGCUGGUGUUUUUAUGUUCCUCUGUUGGAUUGACACACUAAAGAGAAGAAUCUCCAUCUGAAGACCAGUGGGAGUUAUUUUUCUUGGAUCGUACAAUACUCCUUUGAGUGCAGAUGGAUUUCACACGUCAAACUCAGAGGUGCUUUUGUGGCGUUGCCUUUGCAAUUCAAGCACUGAAGUGGAAGAAUGAUUUUAAGGAGGUUUCAGGGAUAAAUAACUUGUGUUUUUAAGAAAGACUGACAGGUCUAUAGUUAUAUUUUCAUCUUCCUAGCAGAUCCUAAGGAGAGGUGCUUCCAUUUGAUUCUCCUUUUUAAGGUGGCCAUCAGUGGCCAAAUGAACUGACAUGUAUCACUACCUGAAUUUAAACAGACUUAUUCCAUCCAACAAACUGCCAACUGCAUGAAACACUCACACACCGUCCACCUGUCAGGAAACAGACCUUACCUACCCUAAACCUGAGGGUUGGAAGUCCGCUCCCCGUCAAGCCCCCCACACUAAGGAUGCGUUCCCCAGAGCCCCCCAUCCCAUCCCCAGCUGAGGCCCUACUCCACUGCCAGUUCGGGGGCUGGGCAACGGGCAGCAGCUGCAACAACAGCUGCCCCAACAGCCCUGGAGAUCCUGGGGGUCUGUCAUCCCCUUCUCCCUCCCCCAGCCCCUCUCCUGCCUCCAGCUAUGCCUUGACCCUCACCCCCUCCCACAUCCACGUCCAGCGCCUGGCUCCCCGCCCUGGUAAAGAGGCACGUCUAAUACUACCCCUGUCAGAGCUGGCAGGGUGCAGCUGUCCCCGCGCCCCUGCUCCCCCCUUGCUGGUUCUAUACUGGUAUCCCCCGGGGAGGCGGAGGAAGGGGGUGUCCAGGAGGAGGCAGGUGAGGGUGUACCUGGCUGAGGCCAGGGUGGAGGCUGAGAGGUGGUCCACUGCUAUACAAUGUCUGCUCAGGGGAGUCGCCAUCACUGCUGACACAGAAAUUGUCAAACGUCUACUGCCCCGUCCCCGAAGGCUGCUGCUAUUGGUGAACCCCUUCAGUGGGAGAGGCCAGGCUAUGCAGUGGUGUCAGACACACAUCCUGCCAAUGAUCAGAGAGGCUAACAUCAGCUACAACCUGAUACAGACGGAGCGACAGAACCAUGCCAGAGAGUUGAUCAAAGAGAUCUCCCUGCCACAGUGGGACGGAAUCAUCAUCGUCUCUGGAGAUGGCCUGCUGCACGAGGUGAUCAAUGGUUUGAUGGAGCGUCCAGACUGGGAACUAGCAAUAAAGACACCUGUAGGUAUCCUUCCCUGUGGCUCUGGAAAUGCCCUGGCUGGCUCCAUCAACCACCAUGCAGGUUAUGACAUGUGCCUUCGGGAGCCUCUCCUCCUCAACUGCUGUUUUCAGCUCUGCCGUGGCGGAGUCAAGCCCAUGGAUUUGGUCUCUGUGACAACCAGCCCCGCCCCUUCUCAAAAUGGCCGCCCGGGUCUUCCCAGAAGGAUGUUCUCCUUCCUCUCUGUGGCCUGGGGCUUUGUGUCUGACGUGGACAUCGAGAGUGAGAGGUACCGGGGUCUGGGGUCGGCACGGUUCACCCUGGGCACUCUGGUCCGCCUGGCCUCCCUGCGCUCCUAUAAGGGCCGUCUGUCCUACCUGCCCCCCUCCAUAGUCGCCACAUCCCCAGACACCAUCCCUCCGCCCCUGCGCAGACCCCUGUCCCGCAGCAUCACUGAGGGCCUGGAGGGCUUCUGCCACACCCCCAUCCAACGCACCAGCUCUGACAUGGGCCUCAGCGAACAGAGGAGUCUGAGGAGGGUAGACACGGAGAGGGAGAGGGAGAGAGAGAUGGAGAGGCAAAGAGAGAGGGAGAGGAGGAGGGAGAGGGCCGGGAGGGGGAACGGGGUGGUCAGGGCGAGUAGCUUGGCAGAAGAUAGAGAGAGAGAGAUGGAGGAGGGUGAGGCGGGGAGGUCAGGGACAAGUUCGGAGAGAUCUGGAACGAGUUCGGAGUCGAAUGAAAGGGAAGAUUGCAGGAUGGGAAGGGAGGAUGGGAUGGCGGGGAACAUGGAAGAAAGGCCAGAUGAGGAAAGAGAAGACGGAACGAUGGAGCAGGACUCAGGGGUGAUAGAGGAUAUAGAGGAGAGAGUGAGGAAUGGGGAAGGCAGCAGCGGCUCAAUGGAUGGAGUGAUGGAAGCGAAGGAGGUUGGAGAGGGGUACGGGGUGGACAUGGGGCGAGAGGCCAACGAGGACCCAGAGGGGUGUUACUCAUACCCUGACAACCUCCAGCAGACCCGACUGGCUCUAAGGAAGAACUCUGCCCCUUCCAGCCAGAUAGCUAAUGCCUUCUUUAGCCAGCCCCUCAGCCAGGAGGCUGACCCCGUGUCUGGAGCCUCGUACAGGGCAGAAGAGAUGGAUCUGAACGAAACAUACUUCCAGAAAGAAGCUUACCCACUGGACAUCGCCCGGGAGAGAGCCCUCACCAUAUCCUCUCCCUUCAGACACUCUCCUUUCUCCUUCAAGCCCAAAUCUUUGGACCAGAACACAUCCCGCCCCAGACCCUUAUCCCUUCUCCACCACCCCCACUCCAACUCCCUACCCCCUAAACUCCCCUCCCUGUCCCUCUCCCUCUCUCCCACGCCCCCUUCCUCCCCGUCCUGUGCCUCCCCCCACUCCUCCUCCUACCUCGUUCCGCGCCCCAACACACCCAACUCCACCUCCCCUUCUCCGUCUCUCCAGUCCCCCUCCCCCUCCUUUACCUUUGACAUUGCAGAGCCUGCCGGAUCCCUCAAGAACCGCCCCCCCGUCUCACUCCCUUUCAACCCUCCCAGGGAUGACCUCUUGCCCCCCUUGGACCAGGCCCUGCCGACCCAGGACUGGGUGACCAUCGAGGGAGACUUUGUGCUUGUGCUGGCCAUCUACCAGUCCCAUCUCGGGGCAGACCUCCACGCCGCCCCCCAAGCCAGGUUUGACGAUGGGCUGAUCCACCUGACAUUUGUGCGUGCAGGGAUCUCCAGAGCCACCCUGCUCCGUCUGUUCCUGGCCAUGGAGAGGGGGGCACACCUGUCUCUCAGCUCCCCCUAUGUGAGCCACGUCCCAGCCAGGGCCUUCAGGCUGCAGCCCCUCUCCCCACGAGGAACACUCACUGUGGAUGGGGAACUGGUGCCAUACGGCCCGCUGCAGGCACAGGUCCAUCCCUCCAUGUCGCGGCUCAUUGUCGGCGACUCUGGAGUGAAGAUCACCCGAUUUUGACAAGGGAUUGGCUGACCAGAUCAGCUGAUACGUCGCUCUCUCCAAUUAUAUAAUCUCUGUUGACAUCUAUGUUCACAGAGAAAGAGGAGAAAAAAGCCUCAGAGACUGAAAAUAGCAAAAAUAAUUUCUGGGGUUUAAUGGAAGGGAUCACCUGCUGAGCAGAGCGGCGGUGCAGGACACAAGCCGAGGGAUUAAUAGAGAAUUUUAAAAACGGAUGAAAACGAGCUUUGUUGCACAGCUGUUGGAUUACACUCCGUUUAUCCUGAGAAGCCUGUACCUGCAUAGCUAUGGGAGCAAAAUAGGGAGGGGAAGACAAGUUGAAUGUGUAUGGGGGAGUGUGUAUUCGGUGCAUGUGUGUGUAUACAUUCUAGUAUGCACAAAUGGCAUGCAGAGAUGCACAUUUCAGAUGUCUUUGUUCUCUAUCAAAGCUGUCCUAGAACAGUUCUAGUUCUAGAACAAUUUCAGAGGGAGCCACACCCUCAUGCAAAUGUAGAUCCCCUUCCGUAUUGGAACCUCCGUCCUUCCCUGUAAUGCCUUAAAGUACAACUCCUGCGACUUUGCCCUUUCUGUCUUAUAUAAGAAGCCUAAACCUGCGACUCCCCAAAUCUCCAUUCACCAGAGGCUGGUGGGAGGAGCUAUAGGAGGACGGGCUCAUUGUAAAGACUGGAAUAGAAUUAAUGGAACGGUAUCAAACCCAUACAAAACCACAUGUUUGACUCCGUUCUAUUUAUUCCAUUCCAGCCAUGAGCCCGUCCUCCUAUAGCUCCUCCCAUCAGAAGGAACCGUCCACUACAGGAAAAACAAAACAAAGCACAGCUGAUGAGCAUACUGUGGUGUUAAGUUUGUAUUGGUGUGUAUGAAAUAUCUGUGAACGAAUUAAUUUUAUUAGCAAUCCCAUGGAGAUUAUUACUCCUAGAAUAAACCAGUAAAGUUAGAUCAACACUGAAAUAAAUAUAAAGCUCAUUGAGUCCUUUUACACGGGUAUUCCAGAACUGGAUAGACGGGACUGUUGAACAUUAGCCAUCAUGGUGUAUAGUGCAUUUGCCUGUUUUUCUUAGCAAAAAGGGUGCAUGAUGAUGAUGCUAGAUUUUGAAGUUGCAACACAGUGAACACGAGACUGUUGCUUGAUCAAGUUUCAUGUAUGUUGUCACAGAAAUCCUCAAAGUCUCACAAAGACCCAGAAUGCUGGUUGUUUUCAGCAAAUAGUCACUAGUUCCACAUGUGUAAACUGCCUUUUUACAUACCUCUGUUGUAGUCGAUUUGAAUUGAUAUAAUUGUGAGUAGAUUCUGAAGUGUUAUGCAGCUGCAGAAAAUCAACACUCGAUUGUAUUCUAUCUCUUAGAUAAAGAUUGCUGUUGAAAGUGGCAAGUACAUCUUGUUCCAUGACAAGCAGAUCGUUUCCAUAGGAGACAGUUAUCAUCUUAAACAGACAACAGAAACUCAGUAAAUGAUGGAUUACCAUCUUGAGGAUUUAGCUAGUCACAGACUGUGCCUCCCAACUCAAAUCAUAGCUUACAUUUCAGAAAUGGAUUUCUCAAUGGGAUGUAGCCUAUACAGUUGAAGUACUGAAACGUUGAUUAAUGUGCACUGUCCCUGUAAAAAUAAAAAUAAACUCAAACUCAAGUUUACAUACACUUAGGUUGGAGUCAUUAAAAUUAGUUUUUCAACCACUCCACAAAUUUGUUAACAAACUAUAGUUUUCCAACAAUUGUUCACAGACAGAUUAUUUCACUUAUAAUUCACUGUAUCACAAUUCCAGUGGGUCAGAAGUUUACAUACACUAAGUUGACUACCUUUAAACAGCUUGGAAAAUUCCAGAAAAUAAUGUCAUGGCUUUAGAAGCUUCUGAUAGGCUAAUUGUCAUAAUUUGAGUCAAGUGGAAGUGGACCUUUGGAUGUAUUUCAAGGCCUACCUUCAAACUCAGUGCCUCUUUUCUUGACAGCAUGGGAAAAUCAAAAGAAAUCAGCCAAGACCUCUGGUUCAUCCUUGGGAGCAAUAUCCAAAUGCCUGAAGGUACCAUGUUCAUCUGUACAAACAAUACUAUGCAAGUAUAAACACUAUGGGACCACAUAGCCAUCAUACUGCUCAGGAAGGUGGGAAAAGUGCAAAUCAAUCCCAGAACAGAAGCAAAGGACCAUGUGAAGAUGCUGGAGGAAACCGGUACAAAAGUAUCUAUAUCCACAGUAGAACGAGUCCUAAAAGGGGAGGUUUGGGAUGCUUGCAAGCCGAAGAACACCAUCCCAACCGUGAAGCAUGGGGUGGCAGCAUCAUGUUGUGGGGGUGCUUUGCUGCAGGAGGGACAGGUGCACUUCACAAAAUAGAUGUCAUCAUGAGAAUGGAAAAUUAUGUGGAUAUAUUGAAGCAACAAAUGGGACUUCCAAGUGGACAAUGACCCCAAGCAUACUUCCAAAGUUGUGGCAGCUCUGUCAGGAAGAAUGGGCCAAAAUUCACCCAGCUUAUUGUGGGAAGCUUGUGGAAGGCUACCCGACACGUUUGACCCAAGUUCCCAAAUUUAAAGGCAAUGCUACCAAAUACUAAUUGAGUGUAUGUAAACUUCUGACCCAUUGGGAAUGUGAUGAAAUAAAUAAAAGCUGAAAUAAAUCAUUCUCUCUACUAUUUUUAUGACAUUUCACAUUCUUAAAAUAAAGUGGUGAUCCUAACUGACCUAAAACAGGGAAUUUUUACUUGGAUUCAAUGUCAGGAAUUGUGAAAAACUGAGUUUAAAUGUAUUUGGCUAAGGUGUACGUAAACCUCUGACUUCAACUGUACCUAGUAUGUCUAUGUUGAACAUAUGAUUCUUAUGUAUUUGUGACUGGAACAAAUUUAAUAUGCCUGGAAUUUAAUCUCAUGAGCAUGUAUCAAUCAGUUAUGCCAUGUUUGGCUGCUUGGGGCUGUUUGGUCCACAGUACCCCCCCCCCCCCUGCUUGAUAUGGAUUAGUCAUGUCUGAGUAAUUCAAGGCCUCUGUGUUCUCUUGUCUGCUAAUUUUGGGCCCUGUUCAAAUACUUUCAGAUGCAGCCUUUCCUUAAUUUUUUUUAUUUAACCUUUACUCCUUCUUAGUAAUCCCUGAUAUCACAAGACUUGAUAGGUGAAGGCUAUGUGAUAUAAUCCUUGCUGAUGCAGUGUCGCUAAUCAGUUAGUUUAUCAGUGAUUACUUUAAGGAAAAUAUUUCAUUUCAAACGGGGCCUUGGUCCCUAGACCAAAGCUGUCCAUCCCUGGUCAUGCAAAGUAAAUUGACAGGAUAUACACCAAGCUUCCUUCUAUGGCCUGAGGAUAAAACAUUUCACAAGACUGGAUGGUGGUUCUCGGGCUGGUGUCCGUGCAUUAUGACAAAUAAUUACAAAACUAUUCACUCUCAAUUUUAAGUGACUCGCUGUGACAAUUGAAACCUGAUGUACUGCUCAGUGUCUGUGACCAGGGUCCUACAACUGGGAUUUCGGGAAAACUUUCAAUAAAUUCCCUGGUUAACUGAAUUUUGCAACCUGAGGUGUGACCCCUUGCUAAUGCCAGUAAGAUGUAUUGUCUAUAGAUGGAUUGGCCUGUAAUAAACUUGCAAUUAUUACUAAAAUGAAAAUAUAUACAUAUGAUGUACAGUUAGUUAUAUAUAGUUAUAUAUUGUUUUUAAAAUGUUUUUUCCUUAAAAUAAUAAAUGUAUCUUGUAAACUUGU